CAGUGAUCGAACACCAACGUAAAAAAUAGUUACCAAGAGCCAAAGGAAUUUUUUCGGUGAAAGAAAAAAAAAAAGAAAGAAAGAAAAAAGAGAUGAAAAAAAAAGAAAGUUAAAAAAUUAAAGAAAAAAAUAUAACCAAUAAUCGUUUAUAUAUAUUUCUUUUCUUUUCUUUUUUUUUUUUUUUCAUGUUAGAUGCACGCGUGAUGCACUCGACGAUCAACGAAGAAUCUUAUCUACGCCUUUGGCUCGGUCAAAACUUUAACUUCGAUCCUUCGUAUAUUACAAGACGCGAUCGGGUCAUGUGCAAUCCCGUGAAUUAACGUGACAGAAAGGUUAGCUCGUUAGGCACAUGACGGACAGCAGAUGUUACUAAUUAAUUGGGAUUUUUAUGUGGAAUAAUUAUUAUUGUAUCAUAUCAUAGUCAAAUAAUGUGAUUCUCAUGACUCCUUUGAGAAAAUAUCCACAUCUAUCGUGGAUGUUCAAAGCGUUAUGUGCGUAUAGGAAUGAUAGAUAAGAAUAAACCUAGCCGAAUGACUGAUUAGAUUUAUUGAUCACAAGAGUUGCAUUUCCAUGUAUCAUCAUGGCAAUUGGAAAUAUUAUUUGCGGUGCAAAUACUCCUAAAGUCAAGAGAAAAAAGUCAAAGGCAACCGAACGCAGUUGGAUAGAAGCAGCUUUUCAAAAAAGAGAAUGUUCCAAGUUUAUUCCAAGUGCUAAGGAUGAACAUAGGUUCACAGAAGUACAGGGAGAUAAGAAUGCAGAAUACGAUGUGAUCACUUCUUCCAGAUGUUGCUGUGGUUAUUCUUAUACUUACCAUUGUGGGACUGGUGCAGAUGUUCAAAGUUAUGCCAACAGUGGUUCUAUAGAAAAAGAACGUGAACAAUGGUCUCCAGGAAAAAAUACACAUCCUUACCCUACAGAUGCAUAUGGUACUAUCGAAUUUCAAGGUGGACCACAUCCAACUAAAGCACAAUAUGUAAGAUUAGCUCAUGACACUCGGCCAGAACCUAUAGUACAAUUAUUGUGUCGAGAAUGGAAUUUAGGAUUACCUAAAUUAUUGAUUACCGUUCAUGGUGGCCGACCAAAUUUUGAAUUACAGCCAAGUUUGAAAAAAGUUUUACGUAAAGGUUUGUUGAAAGCUGCUAAAACAACUGGAGCCUGGAUUUUCACAGGAGGAACAAAUACAGGAGUUACGCGUCAAGUUGGCGAUGCUUUGCUGCUAGAACGAUCGCAACGACAGGGUCGAGUAGUAAGCAUAGGUAUAGCUCCAUGGGGGGUCUUAGAUAAAAAUCACGAAUUAAUAGGACGUGGUGAAGAAGUACCAUACGACUGCCUUUCUUCUCCUUGGACAAAAUACACAGUUCUGAAUAACAGACAUGCUUACUUUUUAUUAGUAGAUAAUGGUACUGAAGGUCGAUAUGGAGCAGAAAUUGUAUUGCGUAGAAAAUUAGAAAAAUAUAUAUCUAAUUUAAAACUACAGCCGUAUACACACAGUAGCAUACCUGUAGUAGCAUUAGUAAUUGAAGGAGGAACGAACACAAUACGUUCGGUAUUAGAAUAUGUUACAGAUGUUCCUCCAGUUCCUGUUGUUGUUUGUGAUGGAUCGGGACGUGCAGCUGAUCUCAUCGCUUUUAUGCACAAAUAUGCUAGUGAAGGAGAUGGUGAAACCGGAGAUGGUGAAGGACCGUUGGAAAGUAUGAGAGAACAUCUUCUGGAUACUAUUAAACGCACUUUUAAAGUUUCUGUUGAACAAACAAAUCAAUUAUAUUCUGAAUUGCUCCAAUGUACUCGUAAGAAACAUCUGAUAACCGUAUUCAGGAUAACGCAAGAUCGACCACAAGAAUUGGAUCAAACAAUAUUAACAGCUUUAUUUAAAUCCAAACAGUUGUCUCCAGCCGAACAAUUAUCAUUAUCUUUAAUAUGGAACAGAGUGGACAUAGCUCGUAGUGAAAUUUUUGUAUACGGUCAGAAAUGGCCCCCAGGUGCUUUGGAGCAAGCUAUGAUGCAAGCUUUACAACACGAUAGGAUCGAUUUCGUGAAAUUACUUUUGGAAAAUGGUGUGUCCAUGAGAAAAUUCUUAUCUAUACCUCGUUUGGAAGAACUUUAUAACACAAAAGAAGGCCCAUCGAACACAUUAGGCUAUAUUCUGCGAGAUGUACGGCCUAAUAUUCCACGUGGGUACAUGUAUACCUUACAUGAUAUUGGAUUAGUAAUCAACAAACUCAUGGGUGGAGCUUAUCGUGCACAAUAUACACGUAGAAGGUUUCGUGUGAUUUAUACCAAAGUAAUGAAAAGAUCUGGUGGACAGCAACAACAUAUGCAUCGGAAUAGUUGUGUUUUAAGUUCUGGUACUCGUUAUUAUUCAGGAUCUGGUAAUAAAUCAGACAGUUUGACAAUGAGUUUGCUCGCCGAAACUGUGCCUGCUAAUAGAGAUACACCACUUUUUGAUUAUCCAUUCAAUGAAUUGCUUAUUUGGGCGGUAUUAACAAAAAGACAACAAAUGGCUUUGUUAAUGUGGCAACAUGGAGAAGAAGCUUUGGCUAAAGCUCUCGUUGCCUUGAAAUUGUAUAAAGCAAUGGCUCAUGAAGCUGCAGAAGAUGACCUUGAAACCGAAGUUUACGACGAAUUACGUGGUUAUGGAAAGGAAUUUGAAAAUAUUGCUCUGGAAUUAUUGGAUUACUGUUAUCGUCAAGACGACGAUCAAACACAACAAUUAUUGACAUCCGAACUUCAAAAUUGGUCUGGUCAAACUUGUUUAUCCCUUGCAGUUACCGCUAAUCAUCGUCCACUUUUAGCGCAUCCUUGCAGUCAAAUCAUUUUAGCAGAUUUAUGGAUGGGUGGUCUUCGUACUCGUAAAAAUACUAAUUUAAAGGUUGUUCUUGGUCUGUUAUGUCCUGUUUAUAUAUCACGGUUGGAAUUUAAAAGUAGAGAGGAAUUACAAUUAAUGCCACAAACGCAAGAAGAACAUUUGAUUGCUCUUGAAGAUGAAAAGGAAGAUAGUGAAUCAGAACAUGGUACAUCGAAUGGCCCGGAUGUUGAGAAACGUCUGCGCAGGAGCCUCAGCAUACGCAACAAAUGCAGCAGCCAUCAAGGCAUUAAGGCUUUAAUUAGCAGUGAACAUUCUACAACUGUUGUAAAAGAAACAAUUGUGCAAGAAAAUGGCAAAGUAUUGGCAGAUAACGAAGAAGGAACUCAUCGAGCGUAUGGUAUUCGUUCGGACUAUUAUGACAACAAAAACAGUAGACCAUUACGAUUAAAGAAAAAAUUGUAUGAAUUUUAUACAGCACCAAUUACAAAAUUUUGGGCCAAUGCUAUAGCAUAUAUUGUCUUUUUACUUUUAUUUUCGUAUUGUAUACUUAUACAAAUGGGUGAACAUCCGUCGCUAGCAGAAAUUUAUGCAAUUUCUUAUAUCUGUACAUUGGGAUGUGAAAAAGUACGAGAAAUAGCAACAUCUGAACCAGCAAAGCUCUCUCAUAAAUUUAGCGUUUGGGCCUGGAACAUGUGGAAUCCUUGUGACGCAGCCGCAAUAAUAUUUUUUCAAAUCGGACUUGCUUUGAGAUUACGUCAUUCAACCUUUGAUGUAGGUCGAGUUAUAUAUUGUGUUGAUUGUAUUUAUUGGUAUUUAAGAAUACUUAAUAUUCUCGGAGUCAACAAAUACUUAGGUCCAUUGGUCACAAUGAUGGGUAAAAUGGUAAAAAACAUGAUAUAUUUCGUAGUCCUCUUACUAGUUGUUCUCAUGAGUUUUGGAGUAUCAAGACAAGCUAUAUUAAAUCCUAAUGCAGAGCCAAAAUGGCGAAUAGUCCGUGAUAUUUUUAUGGAACCUUAUUUCAUGCUUUACGGAGAAGUGUAUGCGGAUAAUAUAGAUCCUGAUUGUGGAAAUGAACCAGGCAUGCCGGAAUGUCUUCCAGGUCGUUGGAUCACGCCAGCAGUUAUGUCCGUAUAUCUUUUAGUUGCAAACAUAUUAUUAAUAAAUUUGUUGAUCGCGGUUUUCAAUAAUAUAUUCAACGAGGUUAACGCCGUUGCACAUCAAGUAUGGAUGUUCCAACGUUUUACCGUUGUGAUGGAAUAUGAGCAAAAACCAGUUUUACCUCCACCUCUUAUCGCGGUCUGCCAUAUAUAUUUAUUAGUAAAAUAUUUACUGAGACACUUGACGCGUGGUAAAAGAAGUACAGGUGAAACAUGCGAUAAUGGUCUUAAAUUAUUUCUCGAGGCUGACGAUAUGGAACGUUUAUAUGAUUUUGAAGAAGAUUGCGUUGAGGGAUACUUUCGCGAGCAGGAACUGAAAUUACAAAUGUCUACCGAAGAACGCGUUAAAAUUACAACGGAAAGAGUUGAAAAUAUGCAUCAGAAAAUAGAGGAUAUUGAUAAAAAGGAACAUACGCAGAACGCUUCGCUUCAGGCCGUAGAAUUCCGUAUUCGCAAAUUGGAAGAAUUAAGCGAACAAACAUUGGCGCAUCUUGGUGUAAUACAUCGUUUCAUGGCAACGCACAUGCCCAACGAAGGACUUCCUAUGACUUUUGAUAUAGACAUUCGUCAACGCAGAGUCUCUGAAAGAUCUGAUGCUUUUUCAGAGACUGAUUCUCAUACUCAAUUACCUAGUCUCAUAUUACGACGUAAGCGACUUUUGCGUUCUCAAACAGAUGCCACAUUUUUAAACAUGGAGCAACCAUUGGAGGACGACGCUUUGAAGAAUUCAGAAACUAUAACGUCUCGUGAGAAUCUAAGUAGAAACGAUUCCUCUGUAAGCAUCAUUGAUCCUCAGAACGUUCAAGAAGACGUUAAGACUACUACGAGCCAAGAAAGCGAAGUGAGCAAAGAUGUAGGAGAAGUGGAAUCAACGAUAAAGAAAGAAGUAUCGUUAGAGAGAGAAGUUAGCAGCGAAGCUCCUGCUUCGGAACCAUUGAGACAAGACUCGACGGAACGUCCGAUUAGACAAACUAGUAGAACUCGUUCGGAGUCCGACGACGUAGUAAUGAUUCCACCGCCAAAUAUACAAAGAGGUG